CUGGAAAACUGCGAAACGUAAGUGGAAUCGCAAGUAUACCAGAACUUGCAGACAAAAAAAUCUUGUUUUAUUGUAAAAUAUCUAUGUCUAUCGGCAUAUGUAAACAAUGGAUUCUGUGGAGGAGCCAGAGGUUGGACUUCCAGAGGUUGACGGAGUGAUUGUCAAGGGUUUUGAUAUAUUCGAUGAAGAGGAGCAAACAAUCAGUGGAAUCAUUAAGGCUUUUCAACAAGCCUCAGUUGAUUACAAGGUGUGUGGUAUCAUUUAUCCAGUUGGAAAAAAGAAGGAUCGUGCUGUAGUAAAAUUCAGCAGUGCUACUGUGGUAAAAGAACUGAUAGAUAGAUAUAAUUUGAGGAUUGGAGAGAAUACAACACUGAAGAUUGAAAAAAUUGAGGUAGGCAUUCACUGGGAAGCAAGUAUCCUGGACGUAAGUAUGAUUCCGUCAAGUAUCUUUGUUAACAGAUUUCCAGUAAGAUGUGAGGAUCUAGGUGAUGGGAGGCUGUUGUUGGAGAGUCAACAGAGAACAGAGGAAAUAGAAACUUAUUUCAAUAAUGAACUUGAGAAGUGGCUUAAUACUCAAGUUGAUGGAGUAGAUCAGGAUAGUUGUGUUUAUUGUGAUGCCAAGAAGACAUUCAGCAUAUCUCAGUGUGUAAUUGUGACAGGAUUUGUAGAGCAUGAAAGUCAAGAAAGGACUAGAGAUAAAUUGCAGAUAAUUCUGCAAAGACAGAUAUAUGGAGGUGGUGAUGUUGAAUAUAUUUUGUAUCCCUUUGGAAAUGCAAUUGGCACAGCAGUAGCAAUAUUUUGUGAAAGGUCAGUGGCAAGCUAUUUGAUAUUAACCAAGAAGAUAUCUUAUAACGGACAUAAUCUCCAAAUAUAUCCUUUUAAAGUAUGCCAUCAAAUGAAGACAUUUAUUUUGCAGCUUGAUAAAGAAGUUAUUCAACUUGAACCAACUCUAAAGGAUCACAUCUUUAGUGCCCUUGAUGUUAAAGGAAGAUUUUUAAAAGAUGGGCGGAAACUCAUGUUAAAGGAAGAUGAUGAUGUUUUUAAAGUAUAUAAGUAUGUGUCUGAUAGAAUAAAAGGAUUGCUUAACAGUUACAGUGGGUGGUUUGGGAAAACGGAAAGAAAAAAAGAGGAGCUUAAGGAGGAAGGACAAACUUGCAUGAUUUUACCUGUAGAAAAUGCUUUGUGUAAAUGGUUUGAUGAUGACAAAUGCUUCAAAAUAGCAGUUUGUGGAUUGAAGAACCAGGUUCAUGUGAACUUCAAAAUAGGAAUGGAGGAUUCUGAAAUUCAACUGGAAGGAAAUAAAAGUCAAGUGAGAGCUGUGUCGAAAGAUGUCCAGACAGUUCUUAUGGAAAUAAGGGAGCAGGAAAGCAUCUUGAAUGAAGUGAAAUGGUACAGAGAAGAAAAAGAUUGCUUGAAACUCUUUGAAGAUAAUGCUAUAGUAAAUCUUGAAAAACAUCACAGAAAAGGAAUUGGUUUUACAAUGGAAAUUCCCCAACCCCAAAAAGUUCUAUCUUUUGAUAUCAAUUUUCAGAAGAUGACGGCAACUCAAUUAGACACGAAAGAAGUAGUUAAUGUUGUUCGAUGGGAAAUCAAAGAGCUGAAAAAACUACCUGAUUAUUGGGAACCAAUGAAAGCAGGAGGUAAGCUUGUAGUACCAGUGAACCCGGAUAGCAAGGAGUAUACUUACAUUGGUACUGCAUUUCAGGAAUCACUUGCUAAAGGAGGCAUUCAUGCCCAGUGCGCAAUUAAGAUAUUUCGCAUCCAGAAUCAUGAGCUGUGGAAACAAUUUGCUGCAAAGAAAGAGGCGAUUGAGAACACUAUGCCAGGAAGGAAUGUUGAAAGAUUGCUGUACCAUGGGACUGGAGAGGACACUGUGGUGUCUAUCAACAAAGACGGUUUUAACAGAAGUUAUGCUGGAAAAAAUGGUAACACAAACAAUUUUAUAAGAUAAGAUAUAAGGUGGAGCAAGGCUACACUUUUUUUUUUUCAAUUUUCUGUCUAAA